AUGGGGAUUGUGGAAAAGAUCGCGGAGGUGGAGCGAGAAAUCGCCAGAACUCAGAAAAAUAAGGCCACCGAAUACCAUCUCGGUUUGCUUAAGGCAAAGCUUGCCAAAUACCGCCAGCAACUCUUGGAACCAGUUGGUGGGAAAGGUGGAUCCAAGGGAGAUGGGUUUGAUGUGAUGAAAAGUGGAGAUGCACGGGUUGCAAUGGUUGGCUUCCCAUCCGUUGGAAAGUCAACGCUUCUGUCAACAAUGACAAGUACACACUCGGAAGUUGCUGGAUAUGAAUUCACGACGCUAACAUGUAUACCUGGAGUUAUAAAUUAUCAAGGAGCUAACAUUCAACUUCUCGAUUUACCUGGAAUUAUUGAGGGUGCAUCGCAGGGAAAAGGUCGUGGACGACAGGUUAUUGCUGUUGCUAAAACUGCCGAUAUGAUAUUGAUGAUGCUGGAUGCUGGAAAGUCUGAUCAGCAGCGGCCUCUUUUGGAAAGAGAAUUGGAAUCUGUUGGCAUUCGGUUGAAUAAGCGACCACCUCAUAUUUACGUUAAACAGAAAAAGAUUGGUGGCGUCAAGUUCACUCAUACUGUACCUUUAACGCAUUGCAAUGAAAAAAUGAUAAUGACGAUUUUGCACGAGUAUAAAAUCUUCAAUGCUGAUGUGGUAUUCCGGGAAGAUGCAACCGUCGACGAAUUUAUUGACGUAAUUCAGGGAAAUCGUGUUUACAUAGCUUGUCUCUAUGUAUACAAUAAGAUUGACCAAAUCUCAAUCGAAGAGGUCGAUCGAUUGGCAAGGUUGCCACACCAUGUUGUGAUAUCCUGUGAAAUGAAUCUAAAUAUGGAUUACUUGUUGGAAAAGAUGUGGGAGUACUUGGCGCUUGUUCGUGUCUACACUAAGAAACCAGGUCAUGCACCUGAUCUAGGUCCCGAAGACGGAAUUAUUUUACGAGCCGGGUGCACUGUGGAGCAUUGUUGUCAUGCGCUUCAUCGGACAUUAGCAAGCCAAUUUCGAUAUGCAAUCGUAUGGGGAACGAGUACCAAAUUUUCUCCGCAAAGGGUUGGAAUUCAUCAUAAGUUGGACCACGAAGAUGUGAUACAAAUAGUAAAGAAGUGA